CUCACCUUCCACGCGCAGAUAAUGUUACUAACGUUACCUUCGGGGAGAAAUCGACCGUAGCGUCGCAGUUUCCAAACACAAGCGGAUAUUGUCGUGUCUUUCGAAUGUUCUCUGUGUAAAGAACAUGGUGUCUGGGACCUGACUGACACUGUGUGGGUGGGCUGAGCUGCUGCUCUCGCUUCUAUGGCAACCCGACAGAUCAGCAUCACCAUGAAUAUUUACGGGAUCAGAGCGACUCGGGACGCGGCGGAAGGCGGUGAUGUGGGCUACUCGAUCGCGGGCGUUUGCUUGUGAUUGACACCCGACGGGGAUCCUGAGGGUCCGUGACCUCCGCGCCGCGGAUCUGCGAUUCCUCAGACUUUAUACGUGCUCGCAGAGCAACACAGUCAGUGCCUUGAAGCUGGAGACCACUGGAACAAGCGAAUUUGGGCAGCCAGGUAGCCUAAUGCGCUGUGGCAUGUGCUUGAGCGAAAGACAGGUGGGUUUGACCAUUCAGACUACUCGGGUUUUGGUGCACAGGGAUUUGUGGCAAUAAUUACACCCGAAUUGAAUUAGUUUGUCAUUGAAGUGAUCGGGCACCCGUUUCAAUGUCAUAAUGGACAGGUUGCAUUCGUCCAUGCGUAAAAGGCUCUACAGUUUGCCACAGCACAUCGGGCAGAAAGCGUUCAUCAUGGGUGAUGCAGAAGACGCCGACAAGGACACCCGGAGAAAGAGCAUCCGGAUGAAGCCUCUGCCUUCGCCGACCUCCGCCGGAGCCCUCGGGGAGACCAGAAGCGGAGAGUCCGUGAUCAUGGAGACGGACAUCGGGAGACCCGUAAAGACCAGCUCCAACGGGGACUGCCGGAGGUUCCGAGGCAGCCUUUCUUCCAUCACCAGUCGGCACGUCCACGACUCGGAUGUAGCGGAGGAGAGGCGUCUGAUCACGGAGGGAGAAGUCACUCCGAGCGAGGAGAGCCCUCCUGGAGCCGCGGGUGGCGGCGGCGGCGGCGGGGGAGAGGAUGCCGCCGGUGCGAGCCAGCAGCAGCAGCAACCGGGCGUCCCGGAUCAGCAGGCUGGCUUUAUAAAGCUGGAGGGCAUUGAUGAGAUCCUGCCUGACGACGAGAGGUACUAUCAAGCGGGCUUCAUGCACAGGCAAUUCGGGGCGAUGCUGCAGCCCGGGGUCAAUAAGUUUUCCCUUAGGAUGUUUGGGAGCGAGAAGGCGGUGGAACGGGAGCAAGAACGGGUCAAAUCCGCUGGCUACUGGAUUAUUCACCCCUACAGUGAUUUCAGGUUUUACUGGGAUCUCACCAUGCUGCUCCUGAUGGUGGGAAAUCUCAUCAUCAUUCCCGUGGGCAUCACCUUCUUCAAGGACGAGCACACGCCGCCGUGGAUCGUCUUCAACGUGGUUUCCGACACCUUCUUUCUCAUGGACCUGGUGCUAAACUUCCGCACAGGAAUUGUGAAGGAGGACAAUGCGGAGAUCAUUCUGGACCCUCAGCAGAUCAAGAUCAAAUAUCUGCGCUCAUGGUUCGUGGUGGACUUCAUCUCCUCUAUCCCCGUGGACUACAUCUUCCUCAUUGUGGAGACACGCAUCGAUUCGGAUUUCUACAAGACGGCGCGCGCUCUGCGGAUCGUACGCUUCACCAAGAUCCUCAGUCUGCUGCGGCUGCUGCGGCUCUCGCGGCUUAUACGCUACAUUCAUCAGUGGGAGGAGAUUUUUCAUAUGACCUACGACCUGGCCAGCGCAAUGGUGCGAAUCGUCAACUUGAUUGGAAUGAUGCUGUUGCUCUGUCACUGGGAUGGAUGCCUGCAGUUCCUGGUGCCCAUGCUGCAGGAUUUCCCCGCCGACUGCUGGGUGUCCAAGAACAAGAUGGUGAACGACACGUGGGGUCAGCAGUAUUCUUAUGCUCUCUUCAAGGCCAUGAGCCACAUGCUGUGUAUUGGAUAUGGCAUGUACCCCCCUGUCGGCAUGACAGACGUGUGGCUGACCAUCCUCAGCAUGAUCGUGGGUGCGACCUGCUACGCCAUGUUUGUCGGCCACGCCACGGCGCUGAUCCAGUCGCUGGACUCCUCGCGCAGGCAAUAUCAGGAAAAGUGCUUGCAAGAAGCAGGGCGGGAGGCCAAGGAGAGCAUUGGGACCCAGAUCCUGGCCGAACUGGACAGACCUCGAGAGAGAGAGAGAAACCCAGACAUGGCUGAAAGAGAAGGGCGCUUCAGAAGGCUGGGUGUUGGAGGUGAAGGUGGGCUGGAUUUUUUAGGAAGUCCUGGGCUGCUGUUUGGAGGAGCAGAGAAAAAGAGACGCAAGUCAAGCACACAGAACUGUGAAGAAAACAAGACUGAAGCCAAUGAGCUAAAGACGAAGAGCAGCGUGGAAAAACUCAACGGUGUCCUUCACGCCAACAACGAAGCCUUGAAGAAGUCACCGUCUGAGCUGCAGACGCCCGCAGGGGCGGCAAUAACGGCGCUUUGA